GAUAGUUUAUCACACAAAAACGUAAUUUCUGCAACCGCACGGAUUGAGUUUGUUUAUUAACAAAUUCUUUCAAUUUCGUGUCUGCUUUGUUUACACUGGAAAACUAUUAAUCUUAAGCAUUUAAAAUAUCAAAUCAUUGUAUAAUAUUUAAUUUAUUAUUAAAAUUUGUACUAAUUUCGAUAAAAUCAUUUGAAAAAUGACUGACGAAACAUCAAUUGAUUCAAUUGAAAGAAGGAUUUCGAAAUUAGAACAAGAAGUGUAUGAUACUGCAACUUCUGAUUCGGAAAAUAAAAGCAUUGAAACUCUAAUGAACAUUCAUAACAGGCUUCAAUCUGCUGUAACUGGAAGAGAAAAAAUAACAACAUUGUUUUCGAAGUUGGAUGAUCUUCAAAAAUAUCUAGAUCCUAGCUUCAAAGAACACAUGACACUUACAGAAACAGCCAAAUUGAAUUUAAUUCUUCUUGAUGAAGAUAGAAUAAGAAGUGCUGUUGAUUCUCUGCAAACAGUGAAAGAUUUGAUUCAAUACUUAGACAGUGAACAUAUCAGAGCUGUCCCUUCACUGACUCCUAAGCUUUAUGAAGUUAGCCAAACACAACUAAAACUUCAGGAAGAUGCUGCUGAACUUACUUCAGAAACAAGACAGUUGAUUGCAAAUUAUGAUAACUUGAUAAUGUCUCUUUCAAAACAAUUUAUUCUCUGGGAUUCUAUGUUGAAUGAAAUAGAAAAAGGAAAAAUACAGAAAAAGAAAAUCCCUUCAUCUUGAAAAACAUUGUAUUUUCAAGAUCCAGUUCUCUCAAGACAGAAUACUGCUUUACUCACAUCUUUGCAAGUCUCAUGACCAAUAAAAAUUUGGUAAUCUGUUUCAGAUAAUUUUAUUCUAUGAUUUGUAUUUGUUAAUUUUGAGUUUUUAAACUGUUAUAUUUUUUUUAAGAAUAGAAACUACUCAGAAUUGCUAUUGCUAAAAAUAUGGUGAUAUUUUCUUAUGUAUCUUAUAUAUUAUUUAUUAAUUAUGUGAAAUAAAAUAAUUAGUUUUAAAAAAUUUUCUGUUG